AAGGUAUUUUUUAUCGUUAUCGGUGCGGUCACGGAAAUUCAGUAUUUAAUUUUCCUGCCGAACUGAUUUUCAUAUAACUGGCUGAAAUGUUGGUGCGCCAACUUUUAAGCCCUCGCUUGGGAUACCUGGCGCGCCGCUGGGCCAGCACCCAUCAGCUUAGUUUUCAAAACGAGAGAAUGCAGGGGUAUUUGGAGUCCCUUCGCCAGGAGUACUAUGGUCUGCGAGUAACUGCCGGGGGAAACAACAAAGCUUAUGCUCGCCUUGCGCAACUGGAAGGCGUGGUGACAGCCUUGGAGCAGCGGCGCGUCCUAGAACGCAAUAUAACCAGCGCUCAGGAUAUGGAGUUGGAAAAGGACGAGGAUAUGCGAUUGCUAAUGCAGGAGGAGAAUGCCAUCUAUUCCGACUUACUGAGCAAGCAGGAGCAAACCCUUCUGAGGGAACUGCUCGCCAUGGCCGACGAUGAAGUUUAUCCUGCCCUUAUCUUUGGACUAAAUGCUGGAGCCGGGGGUCAGGAGGCUAUGUUAUUCGCCCAGGAGCUAUACGAGAUGUACACAAGCUACUUCGAGCAUAAAGGCUGGGAGUACGAGGAGUUUGCCCACGAGACGACCGAUAUUGGAGGCAUAAGGCAUGCCAGCAUCAUGGUGAGCGGAGACGAUGCCUUUACCUGGCUGCGCCAUGAGGCCGGUGUCCACCGUGUUCAGCGAGUUCCUGCAACUGAGAAGUCCGGCCGCAUGCACACCAGUACAGCUUCGAUCACUGUGAUUCCUCGGCCUGCCGACGUACAAGUGCAUAUCGCAGACAAAGACUUGAAAAUUGAGACCAAAAGAGCCAGUGGGGCAGGUGGGCAGCACGUAAAUACCACAGAUUCGGCGGUGAGGAUUGUCCACUUGCCCACCGGCAUGGCCGUGGAAGCACAAUCCGAGCGUUCACAGCUGAAGAACCGCGAGCUAGCGAUGAGCCGGCUGCGUUCCCGGCUAGUUCAGCGGCAACUGGAAAGCGCCGAAGCAAGUACAAAGGCCACUAAGAAGGCGCAACAGGGAAGCCUUAACCGCAAUGAGAAAAUUCGCACAUACAACUUUGUCCAGGACCGGAUCACGGACCACAGAAUUCAGGGCGGCACCAUGCACAAUCUCGACGGGUUCCUCAAAGGCGGCGAGCAACUCAGCAGUCUAAUUGAAAAGCUGCAGUUAGAAAACCGCAAGGAGCGAUUAAAGGAUCUUCUGGAGGCUUGGCAGCCCCCACAAGAGGCUGCAAACAAAAGCUAAAGGAUAUGUUUUAUGUUAACUGUUAAUACCCUCGAUUUAAAACAAAUAUUCUUAAUUUGAAAA